AAUUGAUAAAGUGAGAAAACCCAAGGGAUAAAAAAAAAAGUGGAAAAACAUAGAAAGUGAAUUCCAAUCUAAUAGAGUGUGAUUGUGUUUUUAGUGACCUUUAAAAAAGAACAUCGGGUGUGUCAUUAGUUUUGUUUUCUUUUUUGACCUAAGACAUAGCCUACAAAUAUCAAAUAUUUGUUGUAGUUAGUCAUGUUAUAAUAUAAACUUUGUGAAUUAAAUUAAAAAAAAAAAAAAAAAAAAAAAAACUUAACAACUUUUUUGAAAGAAAACCAAAAAAGAAAAAAUAACCCCCUAUGUGCCACUAUUAUUAUGGUGGCAAGUCAGAGCAGUGGUGAACCCGCACAUAAUGACAUGUAUUGUUCGGCAGUUCCCACCCCUUACGGCGAGUAUUAUCCCACAACAGAAAAUGGUGGACAUUAUUACAUACAUCAACACCAUCACCCACAAGAAUUGUGUCCACAGCAUCAUUCACAGCAAAUCUGUGCAGUACACGGAGAUUAUGGACCGGUGACAGUACCUAUGGUAUCAACAUCAUCUUCAUCACCCAUAGCAAUGCCAGUUGUACCACCUGGGCAUGUACUACAGCAAAUAUUAGAUGAAAAUGGUACAGUUCGGCAUGUUAUAUUACCUAUGGUUCCAAUACCGCCACCUUCACAUGGCCAUAAUUCUCAACAUUACGGACCAGGUCCUGCAAAUGGUUCAAAUCAUCAAUCUCAACAACCAUUCUUUCCACAAGGGCUUCCACCUGGAUACGGUCCACCACAUUUUUCAAUGUCACCUGGUACACAUAUUGGCCACACACCACCAUCGGGGUCACAUACAGGCCAUUCACCUCCUCCAAAUUUUCAUAAAGAUGAAAGGACACAUCGACAGUAUAUAAAAUUAAAAAGAAAAUUAGAACAGAAACAAAUGCGUGGAAAUGGUGAAACGCUAAUGGUAGGAAAUUUAUGGCAAGCUGAACACAAUGCUCCAUCACUAUCGUCUAGAAAAGUUUUAGUCAAUGGUUUGAGACGAGGUGCAGGAGUAUCUAUGGGUGUUAUUUGUAAAGAGAAAGGUAUGAGUAGUGUAGGUACUUCAGAAGAUGGCGAAGAAAGUAGUUCUGUACAUGACGAUGAAGAUGAAAUACAAACCAUCACUGAUAUACUGUCAUCCGUCCAGGCUCCACAGGUUUUGGAGUUGAGUUCACGUAGUGCCUUAAUUGAAUGGUCGAUUCCUCAAAGAUUAUCUGAGGUUGCUAGUAAUGGUAGUCACGAUAUUGAUAUCACAGAAUCAGAUCUUAGAUACGAAGUCCUAUUGAGCACUGAUAAAGGUAAAGAGGGCAAAUAUAAAUCAAUUUAUAGUGGAUCGUCUUUAUCGUGUCGUAUUCAAGAUCUUCGACCGGGACAAGAGUACUCAGUAUGUCUUCAAGUGCACUGUGAUGACCUUAAAGGAAACGCUUCAGACCCACUAACAUUUAUAACACCACCUUGUGAACCGGAUCAACCACAACCACCAAAAUUAAUCUCCAGAACACGAACUAGCUUACAAUUAAGGUGGAACGCCGCCACUGACAACGGAUCACAUAUACUUUAUUAUAUUCUUGAAUAUGAUGAAGGUAAAGGCUCAAAAUUUGUAGAAUUGUCUCGUGGAAAAGGUAAACAAUUUAAUCUACAAAAACUUCAAACGGCAACAACGUAUAAAUUUCGACUAUCAUGUGUUAACGAAUGUGGGAAAAGUGCUCAUUCUGAUAUUGUAGCAUUUUCGACAAAUGGUACGCCUCCUGGCCCACCUGCCGCUCCCAUUCUUGAAGAAGCCUCAAUUACUAGUUUACAUUUAAAAUGGAUAAAGCGUGCAGUGGAUGAUGAAUUUACGCUUCAAAUGGAUGAUAAACGCUAUCGACAUGGAUUUUUACCGGUUUUUAAUGGAAAAGAAACUGAAUAUAUAUGCACUGGAUUAAGGCGAGCCACUGAAUACCGUUUCCGAUUACGUUCACAAAAUGACGAAGGAGUAUCACAGUGGUCUGAAGAAGUUUGUUACCGAACUCUACCAGAUAGACCUGCACAACCUAUCAAACCAAAUAUAAAAGGAAAAAUUCAUGCCCACCAAUUUAAAAUUAAAUGGGAUCCACCGAGCGAUACGGGUGGCUCAGAAAUUACCGCAUACGUUCUACAAAUUAACUCAGGAAGUGGUUAUGAAACUGUGUACAGAGGAAUUGAUACAGAAGCAAUUUGUGAUCGACUAUCUCCAGGCACAACUUAUCAAUUACGAGUGAAUUGUCGAAGUGCCGGUGGCGUAAGUGAUUAUUCAGAUCCAUGUACAGUAACCACGGAAGCUGUUUGCCCCAGUCGUUGUCAACCACCUAAGAUAUUAGGAAAACCGCGUGCAAAUUCAAUAUCAUUACGAUGGAAUCAUCCAGAAUUCAAUGGAGGAUCGCCCAUAAUCGAUUUUGAAUUAGAAGUAAUUAAUCCAGAUUCAAGUCGUCGAUUAGCAUAUAAAGGAAAAGAUACUGAGUGUAAUGUUAUGGAUCUAUUACCAGGACAAGUUUAUAACUUUGUUUUAAGAGCCUUAAACCGCGUUGGACCUGGGCCAUGGUCAGAAGAAUUGACAGUGACGAGUGGUGCCUCAAUACCAGACGCUCCACUUGCCCCUGAAGUUACACCUAAAUCGCCUUUCCAUGUAUGUGUACAAUGGAAAGAGCCUUGCUGUAAUGGUGCGCCAAUCACUGAAUAUCGAUUAGAAAUUGGAAGUACAGAUCAAAAUGAAAACUUUAGUUCCAUAUUUCAAGGAGGAUCAUCUAGUUACGAUGUUAAAGGUUUAAGUCCUUUUACAACAUACUAUUUCAGAGUACAAGCUUGUAAUAUUGCCGGUUGUAGUAAUUUUUCACCAAUUACUGCAACAAUGACACCUGCCUCAGCUCCUGGUGCUAUGCUUGCACCUAAAUAUACUUCAACACCCACAAGCAUUACGUUAACAUGGCAAGAACCAAUAAAUAAUGGUGCCGACAUUUUAUACUACAAUAUCGAAUUAGGUGAUAAAUGUUUUACAACGGAAACAGCAGUGAAUGAAUUUACCUUAGAGAAUUUACAUCCGGACACACAUUAUAAAAUUAAAAUACAAGCUGUUAAUGCAGUGGGUUCGGGUCCAUUAUCACCUGUGUGUAAAGCAUGUACAUUACCAAUACCACCAAAAGCGCCAAAUUUAGAAUGUAUAAGUAUUGGACACAAUUAUCUAAAAUUAAAGUGGGGUGAGGGUAAAAAUUUAGAUUUUACUAAUUUUUAUUUAGAAAUGUAUCAGCCACGAUUAAAAGAAUUUCAAUGUAUAUAUCAGGGUACAAAUUAUACAUAUAAAGUGAAUAAAUUACAAGAAUUAACAACGUAUAAAUUUCGAAUAUCAGCUGCCAAUGAUUUUGCUGGCGAAGGUGAAUUUUCAAAUGUUUACGAAUUUACUACAUGUAUUGCAUUUCCAGUCGGUUUGAAAUCACCAAAAGUCACAGACAUCACACAACGAUCAUGUAAUUUAGAAUGGGGUGCUUGUAGGCUUACUGCUGGUGGUGAUUCUAUCAUAUACUUAAUGCAAAUGACACGUCUCAAAGAACAGGAUUAUAAACAGAUAUAUAAAGGUCCUGAUACAAAAUGUGUGGUAAAUGAUUUAGAACCAGGCAUCGAGUAUGCAUGCCGCGUGUGUCCAAUACGUCUAACAGGCACAGGUGAUCAAUUACAAGGUCCUUUUUCACCCACAUGCAAUUUCUCAACAUUACCAACACAAGAACCAGUCCAAGGACAACGUUCACAAAUACCAUCAGUUACAAAUUCACCAAUUCGUAAUCGCCGUAAUCAAAAAUUUUUCUCGUGGAUAACAACGGGCUUACACGGAUCCGAUAAUCGACCAAUGUCCGAUAAACAGAAAGCACUUUUAAUAUUAAUUAUAUUUACGAUAUUUGCAAUUUUUGCAGCUGUUUCAGUUGAAAAAUUUAUCAAUUGGCGGCAGUCAGUAUGAUGAACUAUACCGAAAUAGUUUAAAUAAUUUGUUUUUUAUUUUUCAUCAUAAAUAUAUAAAGUCAAUAAUUUGUAGAGAUUGAUUUUUCAUCGCUCACUUUUCCACUGUGUAGACACAAAUAUCUAAUUAAAAAAAAAAAAUAUUAGUUAUGUCAUAAAUAGAACAAAUCAUGGCGUCCUAAUCACAAAAUGUGUUUGAA